AUGAGGAACUGUGAAUGUGUCAUCUUUAAAUUGACCAAUGUGGUGUGCGGCAGUUACAAUAGAUCUUGGGUGCGGAUCAAUCAGUGUCGAUUGAAGGCAAUAAGCCGCCAAAGAAAAGUUUUAAACUUCAAUGCAACCUUUAUCCAUCCAACAAACGAUAUCGUGGUAAGAUAUCAGCUCUUUAAAAGGGACAAUGGCUAUAAGCCGUGGAUAAUCAAUACGCACUUGGAUGGUUGUCGCUUCUUAAGGAAUCCUUACGAUCCCAUCGGCGUAAUGAUUUAUAAUUUUUACAAAGACUUUUCAAACGUAAAUCACACUUGCCCCUUGUACGGUGAUAUUCUUAUAAAAAACAUGUAUCUGGAGACAGUAACUCUGGGACUAUUUCCAUUGCCCACCGGCGACUAUUUAUUGGCAAUUACUUGGAAAUUCUUUAAGAACCCACAAUUUGCGACUAACGUUAGUUUCCAAUAUGUUGAGAAUCUGAUCUGA